UCAGAUUUGCAGAUUCAGAGCCCAACCCAAAGCCACAAAAGCAGAACCACAACCCGAAUAAUCUCUCACUUUCGGACCAAGCAAACCCGAAAUUUCGUUCGUUCUGAACUGUUUUGGGAGAGUAUUGGAUGCAGUGAGGGCUGACAAUUUUGCCCCUGGACUUCAAGGGUGUGUGGGCAGCCAUGGAAGAAUCUCAGAAAUUUGGCCGUAAUCACAAACCCACCACAACAACAGCAACAGAAAAAUUGAGCAAAAGCUCUAGUACCAGUAACUCCUGCAUUUCUUCUUCAUCAUCUGGGAUUUUUUUUUUCUUUGAUUCGGACCAAGAUGGUGGCAAUGGUGGCCACAACUCGGACGACUCGGAGCAUGACUCGGCCGAGGUUAAGCGACUCAGAGAAGACCUACUGGGUUUCCUCGACGAAUCGGAACUCGAAGCGGCCACUCAGGACCUCGACUCGGUCAUGAAAAGCUUCGAGGAAGAGAUUGCAUCCACCACUUCUUCCGUCGGCUCCGGUACCGGUGGUCGAUCUGACGUCAGAUUCGGCGAGUCCAAUCCGGACCUUGGUUACCUUCUAGGAGCCUCAGAUGAUGAGCUGGGUCUCCCUCCGUCGGAGAACUUUAGCGAAGUGCUGGCAGAAGGCAGAGAGACCGAGUUGGUCCGAGUUUCGUCUGACUCGUCCGGAAUCGACGUAGAGGAGGUCCCAUGGUCUGAGAGCGAGAGUAAGAUGAUAUCCCAUGGCUAAGCUACAUGGUUGGACUCUGGAAAUGGUAAUCAGCGAUGCAGGCUUGGUAGCAAUUACAGGGAACUGCCCAUUGCUUAGUGACCUUGACGUCUCAAGGUGUGCAAUCACCGAUUUUGGAAUUGCAUCCCUGGCCUGUGCAGACCAGCUAAAUCUGCAGAUCCUCGCCAAAAGCCUAGUCUAGUACUAGUAUUGUGCGUAAUGAUGCGGUCUAGAUUCUGAAGUUGAGCAAGAUUGAUUUACAGAUGGGGUUGUAGGUCCAGGCGGUAAUGGUGGACCUGCGAUUAUUUUGGGCAAUUAUCAGCAGCAAUGAUGAAAGCAAACCCACCGAUAAAGAAAAGCAAACCCACCGAGAAAGAAAAAAAAUUAAAUAUUAAAAAAAAAAAAAAAAAGGGAUCACUCAGCAAGGGCAUAAGCGAUAAGUUUUCUGCUCCCUUAUCUUCUCUAUUAUUUCCUAUUAUAUUUAUCUGCUUUUCUUUUACUAACCAUUAACAAAAA